GGAGAUGCAGGGAUCCAUGCGGGUUUCGGGUUGUUCUCUCUGAGCGGAUCUCCGGAGCUCAGCGGCUCCAUUCUUUGUUUGCAGAGACAGUUAUGAAGGGAGCCGAUCAGACCUGCUGCAAUAAAUAAGCUUUAAAAUGGCAAAAGGCCUCAGAAAGCUCCAAAAAUCACGGAGUUAUUAAAAAAAAAAAAAAAAAAAGUUCGGCGUUUAUAUGAGUGAAUGAUUUACUAACACGGAGGCUGACUGUUAUUUGGACUGGUAAACACAGCAUGGGAUGGAUUAUUUAAUCUCAAUAGAUUAUUCAUGUGACCCGCAGCUGUUCUGUUCGGACACAGUUCAGCUCUGCUGUUUCGUUUUGUUUGCAGGAAUCGUGAUGCGUUCAGUGCUGGAAGCAGGGAAUGCAGCAGGAAUGCAGACAUGUCUGUCAAAGUGUUCACAUGUGCCUUCAUAAUUCACAAAUAGGACCAAAAACUGAUUCUUUAUUCAUCUGGACCAGCGGAAACUCCAAUAGAUUGUGACGUUUUCCAAUGGCUUCGUGUUGAUUUUUGAUGUUUUGCAGCAAAUUAAAAACCCAAAAUUCAGCGUUUGGAAAACUGCAGGAGAUAUUUAAUUUGAAACAAUAUUUUAAAAAAUGGCAGCGAAAGACACAGAGAAGACUCCUGACCUUCAGCAGCAAACUAUUAAUGAUACGCAACAAGGAAGGUAAAGUAGGCUAUUACUAAAGAUGCUGGCUGUCGUAACCUCUCUGUUCAUAGCAUAGGAAUAGAAAGUUUAAUGGAAGGAAAAAGUGCACAAAGAAUGCCUCGUAAGGACUUUGAGGUUAAGGGGCAUUGAGGAGUUUCAGGGAACUCCAUGGUCACCAUGCAUGGACAAAUACCUGCAGUGCAAUAAACAUCAGUCUUAAAACAAGUAAAAUAAUAAAAAUCUGCCAAUGGAACUGUCAGUUUUAUGUAAAAUAACAUCAACAAGUUUCUAUGUGUUUAAGUGAUCUUAGUACUUAUUAAGUGAUGCUGAGGUAUUCAGACCAGAAACUAGACACAAUGCUUUGUAAGAUUUGGUGUUUUUGCAGUGCCGGACUAUGGUCUCUAAUUUUAUUUUUUUUUUUACUUUAUUUUUUAUCAUUUUAGUAGUUUUCCAAGAACACAUACAGACAUAGAACAGUUAGACCCCCCUCUAACAAAAUUUACAGAGCAACUAGUUUGACAGGAAGUAGUUGAGUGAUAUUCAACCAAAACUAAAAAAAGAACAGAAAAGGCAAUUCCAUCAGUUAUACAGUUGGUGUUAGGCUCCGAUGAAUGAUCCAUUUCUUCCAGUAUCUUUUAUAUUUAUAAGUGGCAAGUCUUAAUGAAAAGGUCAGACUCUCCAUUGCAUGAAUUUCCUCAAUUAUGUUCUUCCAUUCCAAACAUGAUGGUGGUUCCACAUUAAGCCACCUGUGAGUUACAGCUUUUUUUACAGUCGUCUCUAAUUUUUAACAUUUAUGAUGCUCAUCUGUUCCGGCCAGCUGUACAAUGUGACAAAAUCAUCAACUCUGGCCUUUCUGCUGGUAUCAGGCCAACAGGGAGGAGAUGAACUCAUCAUAUCUGAGUACACAAAGUUCCACAACUGUAACAAAUCUCGCCCACUAACAAGCGUUCUUGUUGUAUUUAUAUAUUUGACUCUUUUAACUGGUGAACUCCCGUUUGGCCGACCCAGAGUUCUUGGCUCGUUCCAUGCUGGAGUCGUCCUGAUGUUUCCAGGAAUUGUCCACAGCUGGAAUGUUUAUGAGACACGGCUGCUAAGGAGAAGAACACAAUUUGAAAACUAAUCAAAACAGCCAAUCCACCACAUUAAGGAUGGCGGACACUGACGUAUCGCAGCAACUGGCCAACCCACUCAGUGAGGCGUCCAAGUGUCCAUGUCUGUGGAGGAAACUAGAGACAGAGACGACUGAACCAGUCCGUCCUCGUGAAGACAUUUGGACACAGUUAGCUUUUUACUAAAUUCCCAGGAAGACAGAGUUUGACAUGAUGCUCACUGUGUGGGGUCAAGGGUCACAAAAUGAAGAGUGAGCAACACAAGAACAGCGGAAAUGGGCGGGGCAAAGGUGUGUGUCAACAGGAUGGCGGUUGACUCAUGACGUAUCCAGCGAUGGCGUCCAAGUUCUCGCAGCGCCUGAUUGGCCUCCGCGCCAAACUGCUGCAGCGCUACGAACACGGGGCCUUCGUGCGGUGUCUGUCGGGUCUGUAUGGCUGUCGCUGGAGGCACUACGAGAGGAGCAGAGGUCAGCCAGAAGAUUGCUGCUGCAGCAAGCUGGAGGGAGCGUCGUUCGCCCUGCUGGUCGCAGCUUUCUGCCUGACGCUGCUUUUCCUCUACUUCUGGGGACAAGCAAAGAAUGACUACAACGACUUUGACUGGUUUAACUUUGGUCAUUUGGGGUUCUGGUUCCCCUGGUCUGUGGUUCUGCUGGUCAUCUCUGCAGGGUUCUUCACCUACGUCACUGUGCUCAUGCUUCUGGCGGUGUGUUUACUGUCUGAAGGCCAGAAGCUUCAUUUACAUUGGAGUCACAAGGUUGGGAUCCUGAUCAGCCUGAUCUUCUCCGUCGCAGCCACUGCGGUCUUAUCUGACCUGUGGGGAGAAGAAUGGACCACUCUGCUACUUUCCUUCCAGGUGACGGCGCCGUACCUGCACCUCGGCGGCGUUCUGCUGAUGACAUCAUUGGCCUGGCCUGUUGCUCUGCACGUCUUCCGCAUGAAGAGCAGCGUGAGGCGGGGGCUGAUCGUGGGGGUUUACCUGUCCAUCCUGCUGACCCUCUACCUGGUUCCUCUGGGCUUGUACUCUCCCUGCAUCAAACAGAAAGGAACGCUGGGCCCCGCGCCGGCGCUGAUCGGCCACCGGGGGGCGCCGAUGCUCGCUCCAGAAAACACGCUGAUGUCGUUCGAGAAGGCGGUGGAAGCCGGAAGCGACGGCCUGGAGACGGAUGUUGCAAUAAGCUACGACGGUGUGCCCUUCCUGAUGCACGACCACAACCUGCAGCGCACCACCAACGUCCAGGAGGUUUUCCCAAACCGGACCAGCGCUCCUGCUGCCAUGUUCACCUGGACUGAGCUGGAGGGCCUGAACGCCGGCUCCUGGUUCCUCUCCCAAAAUCCAUUUGGAACAGCUGGUUCGCUGCGGCAGGAGGAGCGGCAGAGAGCAGGAAACCAGUCGGUCUGCAGCCUGCAGGACUUUCUGCAGCUGGCAGGUCAGGCUCAGAAACUGGUGAUCUUUGACCUCUACCGCCCGCCCUAUGGCCACCCGUACAGUAACAGCUGGAUCCAGCGAACCCUGGAUGUUCUCUACAACGUGUCGUCCAUCCAGUCAUCACAGGUUCUGUGGCUGCCGUCCGAUCAGAGAUCCUGGGUCCACCAGUCGGACCCCGACCUCCAACAGACGUCCGGGACUUUACUCCCUCUAGAGGAGCUGCAGCGUAACAACAUCGUCAGACUCAACCUGCCCUACAGCUCCAUGUCAGCUGAGCUCACCAGAAAGUAUUCAGCGGUGAACAUCAGCACCAACCUGUAUGUGAUCAGCCAGCCGUGGCUCUACUCUCUGGCCUGGUGCACUGGGGUCCACUCGGUCACCACCAACGCCCCCCAGCUGCUGCGGACCCUGGACUCCCCGCUCCUCCUCAUGAGUCCUGAAGAAUACAACCUGAUGUGGAUUCUCACCGAUGUCCUCUCCUUCAUGUUGGUCGUCGUCAUCUUCUAUUUUCACAGAUGGCGGGAACGAAGACUGGCUUUCUGCUCGGACCGAGAAGUGAAGCAGGAUAACGACGCCUGCAGGCCAAACAAACCAGAGAUGGGCGACAUCUGGUCAGUGUCCAGUUCAAACUGUCAAACAGAGAAGAUGCUCAACCUGGCAACCGUGACGGAGCCCUCAAGGCAGAGCUGAUCUGGCAACCUCUCACCCUGCCAGGUUUCUGUCCUUCUGCAACCAAAUCACGUCAGCGCCAGAAGAAAAUGCCAAACUUUCUACCCAAACAUCAAAUAUUCUCAGGUUAAAUUCUGUCAGCUAUUUUUACUUUAAAGGGGCAGUAUUAUGUAAAAAUCUAUGUUUUAGAGCUUUCCAUCAUGUUAUAAUGUUAUUCCCUCAUCAAAAUCAUACAUGGGGUGUUGCCUUGAUUAUUUCCUGCAUGCUUGACAAAUCUUCAAUCUCCAUGGCAACCAUUCAGCUGUGGAAAAUGCCUGGUUGGACCUAGCCCUGCCUUCGAGGCGCAGCUCCUUGGAGCUGCAGUUUUCAAGGUUUUAAGCUUCUGCUUCACAGAGCAGCCCUUCCCCACAAUUAGCAAACACCCAGUGGAACUGCGUAUCUGCUGAGCUCAUUAUAGGAGCUACUUCUCAGUGAACCACUGGUAAAAACAUUAAAGGGUUAGAAGAGGAGCCAUUUGUAAUGGCGUCCUGAAGGCAGAGUUUCUUACAAAGGCAGAGGCUUAAUUUCCAGGUGUUUACAAAGUGAAAUGCAUUUGAAGUCAUUUUUGACCUACAUAGCAUUUUUAAAACUGAAGGUAACAUAGUUACUUUGAUUGUACUAUUAAAUGGCACUGUGUGCCUUGAAAACAAGUAAUACUGCCCCUUUAGUAAUGAUAAAGUUGCACCAUAAUAAACUGCCAUUAGCUUUGCUUCACAAUGUGACUGAAAAGUGUAAAAAAACAUCAAUAAACAAUUUAUAUCUGUA